AUGAUUCGCGUCUCCACCCAGCAGUCCCGCUUCCACGCAGCCACCCUAGCGGCAAACACGACCGAGAUCGAUCUCGUUGGCGUCACCAUCUCUGUCGGCGAGCAAGAAGUCCUCGUUGAUGCUGAUCUCACACUAAGGGAAGGAGUGCGGUAUGGGGUCAUCGGAAGAAACGGAGCUGGAAAGUCCACCCUCUUCUCUGCCCUCUCGGAUCGACUGAUACCUGGCCUUCCUCCUGCCCUUCGUGUGCACAUAGUCACCCAGGUGGAUGAGGUCCCAGCAGAUAUCAAGGAUCUGACAGCUCUUGAGAGCGUUCUGCAGGGACACACUGCUCUGCAGGAAGGCACAAAGGAGCGGGAUGCAUUGACGACUGCGCUUGAGUCCAGUGACGAUGACGAGGUGCGAAGGGUUUGGAGACAGCUCCAGCAGGAGAAGGCUGAGCAUGCACUCGAUGAGGCAAGGCGGAUCGCUGCGAGGCGGUCGGGCGCCAGAGGGAAGAAGGCGAGGGAAGAGGAGAUCAAGGCUGAAGAGGUGGUGGCCGCCGCUGCUGCUGGACCCACCAUUGGAGACCAGACUGCAGAUGUUCGAGCAGACGCCCUUGAACGCCUGGAAGAGCUUCGUCUCGAUUUGGAAAUGCUGAGCAUCGACACUUCCGAUGCCCAUGUCCGAGGUAUUAUGACAGGUCUUGGCUUUAGCCCCGUCAUGAUCGACGGUCCGUAUACCAAUCUCUCGGGCGGCUGGCGGUCUCGCGUACGCCUCGCCACGGCUCUUAUUGUUCAGACAGAUAUCCUCAUUCUUGACGAGCCUACAAACUUCAUGGACCUCUCAGCCCUGCUCUGGCUCGAAAAGACCAUACCUACUCUUACUUCAUUCUCCACCCUCCUCAUCACCUCACACGAUCAGACCUUCCUCGACCGAGUCGCAGAAAAGACAAUCGCGCUUCGGCAUCAGCGCCUCGACUACUUUGAUGGUCCGCCGGGGAUGAUGUACGCAGUGGAGGAGGAGGCCCGGCGGGCAAAUGCGACGCUGAAGGAGGCGAUGGCGAAGAAGAAGGAUCAUAUCCAGAACUCCAUAGCCGAGGGACGCAAAGCAGCCAAAGCUACGGGGGACGAGAACAGACAACGCAUGGUCAAGUCACGCCAAAAGAAGCUGGACGAGCGGUGGGGUCUUGAGCAAUCCGCCAAGGGGACUCGCUUCAAGCUCAAUCGGGAUCUUGGCGGACACCAUUUGACCCGGCGUGGCGAGAUUGUCGAGCAGGAGGUGGAGCAAGCGGUCGUGUGGCGAUUUGAGCAGCCUCCUGAGCUGAGGCAGAAGGGCGCGCUGGUCUCGCUGGAGAAGGUCUCGGCGGGCUGGGGCAAGCGGGUGGUGGUCGGGGGAGUCAGCAUGGUCGUGCACUCUGCGGCAAGGAUCGCGCUGGUCGGAGCAAAUGGGCGCGGGAAAUCCACUCUUGCCAAGGCUUUAGCGUCAGACGAGACUCUCAUCAGUGGUACAAUCACUCGACACCCUCAAGCUCGGAUCGGCUACUUCGCUCAGCACGCCGUUGACUCCCUUUCCAACCUCCAGUCUUCAGCUAUCACCCACUUCCUGGAGACGUGCGGAGACGCCAGUCCGACUGAGGCUCAAGCUCGUUCGAUGCUUGGUCGGCUCGGUCUACAAGGGUCCACAGCCAGCAACAUACCCGUCAAUCAGCUCUCGGGAGGGCAGAAGGUGCGCCUCGUUCUCGCUUGUCUGAUGUAUCGGCCGCCACACCUCCUUAUCCUGGACGAGGUGACAACACAUUUGGACGUGCAGAGUAUCAGAGCGUUGGCGGCGGUACUGCGGGGAUGGGAGGGCGCAGUGGUCUUGGUGACACAUGAUCGAUGGUUCGCUAGAGCGGUGGUGGACGGUGUAUCUGUUGAUGCGGUUCAGACCGGCGACCCAAAGCUAGCAGUGAGGCAGAACGCAGCAGGGCAGACAUUCCGAGUGGGAAAGAACGGUUUGAAGUUGCUGGAGGGAGGGAUAGCAGAGUAUGAGGCGGCGGUCAGUAGGCGCUAG